AUGAACUAUUUGAUUCUUGUCGUGCUUGUGUGCAUCGGAGAAUUACAUGGGUUGCUAUUCGGAGGCAGUAAUAAAGGACCUGCUUGGGAUACUUUCAGGAUGACUUGGGGCCCAAAUCCAUUGAGUAGUCAAUAUUUUGUGAAACAACCUCUGACACUUAACGAAGCGCUUAACAAUGGUUUCAUUGAAAUUCCAGGUCAAUGCAACGGUCUAUUUCUCGGACAACGACUCGUUAAAAAUGACGAUCCAGCUGUGAUUUUAAUUUAUGACAAACAGGGUACCAUAGCCGGCAUGCAAUUAGCAGUUCCCGACGUAUUCAUCUCAGAUACGCAUUACAAAUUUUCAACACAGAAAAUGUUCAAUCGCGAUCAAGUUCUCGGCAUCGAUGCUCAUCUUCUCACCGCCUAUUUUGUCAAUCCACUCACUAUUUGUUCAACAGGUCGGGAUCCAUCCAGUCUUAAACACGAAGGUACAGGUACUGGACUUUGGCUGCAAAAUGGUACGGAUCCAAUCCGUGAUUCAAUUCAAAUUCCACUCUUUGAAAGUGAUCUUAGCCAGACCAAAUGGGACAAGGGUCUCUGCUUUCCGUCGAUGGGUAAACAUUAUUGGUACGACAAUCGAGCUGACAUGAACUGUGACGAAAUAUUUCCCUCAUUUCUCUUGUACAACAAAGGCAAAUUGACCGGAUUUGGAUGGACUCUUAUUGGUAAAUUCGAAUAUACAAAACGAACGGAGUUUCCAUCGUUGGCCACUGUAUUGGCAUUUCGCGAUCCAGUUCCGACAUGCUUGAAACAAAAGUAUCAAGAGACAGGCGGUUUCACAACCAUGCAUCUUUACUUCAAUGCCGACACGAUGAAUCUUCUUUGCUAA